AUGGUGCUUGACUACAGCAAAUGGGAUGCACUGGAGCUAUCUGAUGACUCCGACAUUGAAGUGCACCCGAAUGUCGACAAGCGUUCUUUCAUCCGGGCCAAACAAGCCCAGAUCCAUCAACAACGUGCCCAACGCCGCCAUGAGAUCGAGACGCUGAAGUACGAGCAUAUUGUCAACAACGGCCUCCUUUCACGAAUCGAUAAGCUUCUUACGGCCCUGAAGCAGAAUGAAGGCUCCAAGUCCGUCGAGGAAGUGAUCUUCCAGAACCUUAUGGAGUUUGCAGGCAACCCAUCGGACGACCAUCCUCCCGCAGCCCCGGCAGGAGUUCAUACUCAGGAGAAGGAACAGCCUAAAUACUCACAGAUGAUGAGCGCUCUGGUUGACCAGGUGAAGAAGGAAAUGGGCGACGUCAGCUCGGAGAACCUCUAUCAGGAAUAUAUCAAGGGUGUUCAGAGGCACAACGAUAAGGUGCAGGGCUUACAAAAGGAGCUUCUUCAGAGACUUGCCCAGCUUGAGAAGGAAGAAGGCAGUAAGAUUACCAGCGAGGGGUUGCAUGAGGGGUUCAACACUUCCCACAUUGCCAAGCCUGGCGAGGCCAAGGGCCAAAAGACGGAGACAGUUGAGCUUCUGAACCCUGGAGCUUCUACGGCGGGCUCAUCCCAGCAAGCUGCUGCCCCAGCUGCUGACGAUGAUGACGAGGAGGAGGAUCCUGAGAACGUCAAGGCCAGUGAACUUGCCAAACGAUUCGCGAAAAUCAACCGCAACGAUUACCGUGCUUUGCUUCAAUUCAUCUCUGAGAACCCCCAGAUUGUUGCUGAGAAGGAAACGGAUGGUCUAUUAGUUGAAGCUUUCAACAGCCAGAUGGAAGGCAAAGAGGACUACGCCCGUACCUGCGUUCACCAAGGCUUGUUGUUGCAGUACUGCCGCUCCCUGGGUCGCGACGGUAUCUCGCUUUUCUUCAAGCGUAUCACAAACGCAGACCACCAGGCUGGAACCCUCUUCCGGAACGACGUCAACGAAACUUACCAUAAAAUCAAGACCCGCGCCGCGGAGCUGGCGAAAGACGGCUCUGCUUCUAACGACCCUGCUGGAGUGGAACAGAUCCAGCUGCAUGCAGUCGACCCGAACACCAAGAUCACCAUCAACAUACCUUCUGCUGAGGGCGAUGACCCUGUUGAAGUUGAGGCGCGCAAGGUCUUUGAAUCCUUCUCCAAGGAUCUACAGAAAGCCUUGGCAUCGGAGUCCUUAGACGAGGUCAACAAGGUCCUCGGUAAGAUGAGCGUUGAAGAAGCCGAAGAUGUCGUUGAGAAGCUAGGACAGAGUGGCAUGCUGAGCCUGGAGGAAGGCAUUGUUGAUGCGACCACGGAGGAAGGAAGGAAGAAGCUGGAAGAAAUCGAGGCAGAGAAUAAGAGAGAAAGAGAGGAACAGGAAGUAGGUGAACCGGGAGGCGAUAUCACUGAGCUGGACUGA